AUGACUGUUGAUUUAGAUAAGUUUGUCAAGCCUGGAAAGGACCAUUAUAUUGCCCUUGGGUUUGAAGGAUCUGCUAAUAAACUUGGAGUGGGUGUAAUCAAGCAUAAUGUUGGAACUUUAAGUGAAUCAAACCCAGCUAUAGUAUUAUCUAAUGUUAGAGAUACUUAUAUUACACCACCAGGAGAAGGGUUUUUACCUCGAGACACUGCAAGACAUCAUCGGAAUUGGGCUGUUAGAGUGACCAAAAAAGCAUUACAUGAUGCUGGGAUAAAAGGAUCUGAAAUAGAUGUCAUUUGUUUCACCCAAGGACCAGGAAUGGGAGCACCAUUACAAAGUGUAGUGAUAAUGGCUCGUACUCUUGCACAAUUAUGGAAUAUUCCAAUGGUUGGUGUUAAUCAUUGUGUUGGUCAUAUAGAAAUGGGUAGAGAAAUCACAGGAGCUCAAAACCCAGUGGUAUUAUAUGUUUCCGGAGGGAAUACUCAAGUCAUUGCAUAUCUGAGACAAAGGUAUAGAAUCUUUGGAGAAACAUUAGAUAUUGCCAUUGGAAAUUGUUUAGAUAGAUUUGCAAGAACUUUACGUAUACCUAAUGAUCCUGCUCCUGGGUAUAACAUUGAACAGAUGGCCAAAAAGGGUAAGCAUUUGGUUUCAUUACCUUAUACUGUAAAGGGUAUGGAUUUAUCAAUGUCGGGGAUUCUAGGAUACAUAGAUGGAAUUGCUAAAGAUAUGUUUGGGAAGAAACCUAAACAGAGACUUGAUGAAGAAACUGGGGAGCCUAUAACGGCUGAAGACUUGUGCUUUUCAUUACAGGAACAUUUAUUUUCAAUGUUGGUUGAAAUCACUGAACGGGCUUUGGCUCAUGUAAAUGCAAACCAGGUAUUGAUUGUAGGAGGAGUGGGGUCUAAUGAAAGAUUACAAGAAAUGAUGGCUGCUAUGGUUAAGGACCGGAAAAAUGGACAAAUAUAUGCCACUGAUGAACGGUUUUGUAUAGAUAAUGGUAUCAUGAUUGCACAUACCGGGUUAUUGAGUUAUAGAAUGGGGAUUACAAAUGAGUUAUGGGAUACUGUUUGCACCCAAAGAUUUAGAACAGAUGAAGUGUUUGUGAAAUGGAGGGAAGAUUAG